UUAAAUACCGGCCCCCCGGGUGGGAGAGGGCGACAGGCGGGAGGCGACGGCCCCCGGCGGUCCCCGGCCAUGGGGGGAUGAGCGAUGGAGGGGCCGAGCCCGGCGGGAGCCCCGUGCUGCUGGCCGAGCCCGCGGCCACCGGGCGGGCCCGGGAGAAGGCGCCGACCCGGCCGGAGCUGGAGGGCGCCCUGCGCGCCGGCGGCGGCGGCGGAGCCGGCGGCGGCUUCAAGGACAUCCCGGGAACGUCGGCGGUCAGCCCCGGCUCCUCCAAGCAGUGCGCCCCGGACACCGAGAGCCCGUCGGGGACCGGCGAGGCGGAUUACUGCCGCCGCAUCCUGGUGCGAGAUGCCAAAGGGACGAUCCGGGAGAUCGUGCUGCCCAAAGGGUUGGACCUGGACCGGCCCAAGCGGACGCGGACGUCCUUCACGGCGGAGCAGCUCUACCGCCUGGAGCUGGAAUUCCAGCGCUGCCAGUACGUGGUGGGCCGGGAAAGGACGGAGUUAGCCCGGCAGCUCAACCUCUCCGAGACGCAGGUCAAGGUGUGGUUCCAGAACCGCCGUACGAAGCAGAAGAAGGACCAGAGCAGGGACUCUGAGAAACGCUCCUCCAGCAGCACCUCCGAGUCCUUCGCCACCUGCAACAUCCUGCGGCUGCUGGAGCAAGGCCGCCUCCUGUCCGUGCCGGCCCCCCCGAGCCUCCUGUCCCCCACUUCCAACCCCAUCUCCAGCCCCGCGGGCAACCGAGGCGGCCUGGCCACGCCGGGCCCCGCAUCCCCGGGGCUGGGCGGCGGCAGCAGCUCCCCGGUAGCGGCACCCUUCAGCCUGCAAGUCCCGUCUCUCGCCGCUUCCUCCUCGUCGUCGCCGUCGUCAUCGUCGUCGCCGCGGCUGCCGGCGGGCCCGCUGUGUUUUGGGGGGCCACUGCUGGGCAACCUGCACGAGUUGCCCGGUGCCUACGGACUGGGCGCGUCCGCGUUCGAGCCUUACACGCGGCUGGAGAGGAAGGACAAUUCUAUACCCAGCAAGAAGCCGAGCCCUUAAAGCCCAUGGCAAAAGGUGCCACCUCCCCGCCCAGCCCGGAUCGUCCCCAGAGCCACCCGAGCCCUGGGAAUUGCCCCCCGCCGCCCCCGGGAAGCUCCCUUGGGAAUGGCAGCUCGCCGCUGAUGGAGCCGUGGAUGUCGCCAAAGCUCAGCUGGUGACACCCUGAGGUGUCGCUCGGGGGCCGGUGGCACCGGGGCUGCCACCGAAUCCCCGCUCCAGGUAUCGCCGGGGGGGGGGGUGGCGGCUGUGCCGGGUGUCCCUUACGGGGGGGGGGGGGGGGGCGGGAGGUGGACAACAGAGCCCUGGUCACUCCGGACUGCUGGGGUCACCCCGAAAGGGACAGCGCGAGGUGGCGCCGGGCUCUGUCCCCGCGGUGUCCUCGGAGAAGCGCCGUGCCUCAGUUUCCCCACCUGCGGCGGGCGCAGUGUCCUGGCUGAGGUCACCCCGGUGGCCGCAGGGUCCCUGCGCUGCUCCCGUGGGGUGUUUGUCCUCUGGCGGCUCCGGGGACCUGGCUGAUGUCCCCAACGCCGCCAUUUGUCCCCGUGGUCGGAACAAGCGGCUGCCGCGACCCCUGCGGACACCCGCAGGCUCCUCCAAAACACCGCCCUGCCCCGUUUUGGGGUCGUUCCCACCCUGGCACACUCCACAGGGAUCCCCUCCGACCUCCCCGAGGGGCUGUAGGUCACUGUCGCAACCCCCGCAAAGACACCCCGCCAGCUGGGGACAGUCGUGACAGGGUCCCACCGAGGGCGUCUUUGCCAUCAGCACCCCCAAAUCCGCUCUGGGGUGGCACCGCCGUGACCCCAUCCUGACAUUGGCCUUGCAGCACCCGCCACACCCCCCCCUUGUCACCUGUCACAGCCAAGGUCCCUCCCCGGGGGUCCCAGAGGGUGACAAUGGCUUCCUGCGGGGCGGGAUCCGCCUCGGGCGGGCUCGGUGGGGCUCAGGGUGGGGUUGGGGACCAGCGGGGCGUUGCAUGAGGUGGCCCUUGGGGACAGGGGCAGCUGCUGGGGGAGGGCUGUGGUGGGAGUGUCACCUUGGCGGGACACCCUGGGGUGGCAUCACCUUGCCCAGGUGUCCUGUGGUGCCAUCACUUUGUCACCCUGUGGUGCCAUCACCUGGCCCAGGUGUCCUGUGGUGCCAUCACUUUGUCACCCUGUGGUGCCAUCACCUGGCCCAGGUGUCCUGUGGUGGCAUCACUUUGUCACCCUGUGGUGCCAUCACCUUGCCCGGGUACCCCGCGGUGUCCCCACCUUGCCAGGACACCCCGUGGUGGCAUCACCAGCUCCCCCGCAGUGCCACCACCCCCGCUGUGACAGGACCAAGGGGACAUCCCGAGCCCCCUCCCCACGCCCAGCCCUGGGGGCUCCCCCACACCCCCAACCCCGCCGCUGUUGGUUAAUUAAUUAAUUCAUAACCAUAAUUAACACUGACCACCCCACCCCACCCCCGGGUUGCUGCUCCUUAUGGGGACACAUCCCUCGGCCCGCGAAUUCCCAGGAUUUUGCAGGGAAAUAUUUAAAAUAAAUGAUUUUAUGAGAAGCUUUCCGGCAUUUUUUUUUUUUUCCCGAUAACCGAGGAUUUUUUUUUUAGGGAAUUUUAUUUAUCGGAGCGUUUUAAAGGGAGGGCUCGGGUGGGGAAACUGAGGCAGGGACAGGGACAGGUGACAAUCCUACCUGUCGCCCCCCCCCCCCACCCCCGCCGCCGGCACCGACCUGGAAUUCGCCUGGAAUUGCUCCAACCGCGGCAUCCCAACGAUGUUUGGGAUUUUCCAGGACACCCCUAAUCCCUUAAUUUAUGUUGAUCCCGCCUCUCCCAUCCCUCCCGAUCCAGGUGGAGCCAGGACAGGGAAGCGGCCGUGUCCCCACCUCUGGAAUUCUGUCCCCAACCCCACGCGGGCCUCACUUGGUUUUGCUUUUCCCUCUUCCCAGGCGACUCCAGCGGGGGAUUUUUCCAACCCGGAAAAAUUCCUGGGAUGAAAUCUGGUGGAGAAGUGACCCCCAGACCCCUCAACCUCCGUGGCUGGAGGGGAUUUGGGGACAUUUCGGGGAAACCAAAGCCCGGGUUGGGAUGAGGGGAGGGGGGGAAGUCCCUGAUGUGGGAGCAUCCUUGGGAAUUUCCUCCCGCUUCUCCAGCGAUGCCGAGGGAUCCGCGGGAAUCCCGGGCUGCUCCUUUUUGCCCAUUUGACCCCAAAAGGCGCUUCCGCAAAUUUUGGCUUCUCCGAAGUUCCCUUCUCCCAAGCGAAGCUGUCGCGGGGCUCGGGGACACCUUGGGGACACCCCCAGUUUGUCCUACUCGGUGCCAGGGGCUCCUCCAGUCUGGGAUGAUUGGAAAACCAACAGCUGGAUGUGGAAUUUUAAGGGAAAAUGUGCUUUCUCGUGGUUUCUAAUGUUAAUAAAAGUCACCUCCCGCCUCCUGCA